CAAAAACAAAGACGUGCUUUUAUGACAUUAUAAUUUUGUUAUGUCAAAGAAAAGCUCGUUACAUUUCGUUUCUAUCAUCAUGAAUAAAUUUGUUGAAAAUCAACAGUGUAAAAUGAGAAUGAAUUAUGAGAGAAGAAUGAGCCGUGGAGCGCUGUAGCACGGUGCAUUUUGUAUGAAACGGAACGCCGAGACGCCUCCGAAGUGUUUUUAUCCGUAUUUUCUAGUGUUUAUCGUAGUGUGUGAUUUUGUUGCGAUCGGACAAGAGCGGCAUUUCUCUGCUCCGUGUCCAUGAAAAGCGGCCAUACUCAAACAACCGCCGAACGAGGAUCGAGGAAGCGAAGGGCAGAGCGAGAGAGUAGUAGCAUGGAAGGGAGCAAGAGUUGGGAAUUGGGAAAGUCAGAGAGUGUGUGUGUGUACUGACUAGAAUAAUGGUUAUAUAGGAUUACAUUUUGUAAGUAACGAAAAGAUACGCGAGAAGAAAAACAAAACAACAUCCGUUUUAUUUAAAGACUUGUCUACAAAUAAAAUAGUCUGUUUUUGACAUUGCUGCGGUAAAAUCGGCAAAACCAGAAAGACACUGACGGAGAAAAAAAAAGAGGGAGCGAUACAGCCACUCGAAAUCACAGCCGACGAAGAGUACGACGUUAAACAUCCCUACAGUGCCAUCUCGAAGUUUUGCGGAAAUCUGGGAUAAUUUUCGCUCAGCUUACGCGAACGGGAUACGUGAAAAAUCUUCAAACGCGUGAAAAUAAAAAUUAGAAAAACGGUGUAUUCCCCCUUCCCCCGGAAGUUCCCGAAAUCCGCGUUUUUUUUUUUUUUUUGGGAACAACGACAAGAUUGGAGGGACAUGAGAUUUGAGUAGAAAUCCGCAAAUCGCCGAUCCGUGUCCAGGUGACCGGAAUUCGUUCAAAAAGCGGCGUUGGGUGUUUUUUGUCAAUUUUUUAUUGUACGUUGACACUGCACGGUGUGCGCGUUGACAGGAUUUUUUCUUUUUUUCUCGCCGGACUAUUCGUCAGCUGAACUGAUGAAAACGUGUUGCCCGAUUUUUUUCCUCGUGGCACAAACGCAAUUACAGCAAUCGAGAGUGUAUAAGAUUAUGGUUGCUGCUUAAAAAGAGAAAUUUUCGACAUUUUUGACUGAUCUUCACGUGAAUAUCGAAACGAAGUUCUACAAAUCAACAGAAUCUACACCGACAGAGUAAUACUCUAGUAAAAAUUUGUUUUUAUUAUACUAGAGGUUUUUGGAAAUCGCAGGAACGGCGGCUCAGGAGCCCGGAAGUCCCAGCGGUGGCUCUGCCAAGACCAACCCAGUAACAACCAGGGGUAUGAGCGCCAAAGCUUAUGUAAACAGGCGAGUUCUCGCCAUACAAGCUAAAAAAAAGCGAUACAAGCCUGCCAAACGAAAGGGAAAAGGAAAUUCUCAAUCAGAUGCUGAAAACAGCGGAGCUCAUUGCUCAAAAACUGCACCUGCUAGACAGACUCAAGAUACCACAGGACAAAGGCAAUCUAAUAUGGAAAAUGGGAAUAGUUCUAGCAAUGAUUCUAUUGAGAUCGACGACGAAGUUUACAGCAGCGAAGAUGAAGAACAAGAGGAUAGCACAGAGUACUGUAAGGGUGGCUAUCAUCCUGUAAAGAUCGGAGACCUAUUUUUAAAUCGUUAUCAUGUUACACGAAAACUUGGUUGGGGUCAUUUCUCCACUGUGUGGUUGUGCUGGGAUUUGCAGGAUAAACGGUUUGUUGCUUUGAAAGUCGUUAAAUCAGCAUCUCAUUUCACUGAAACUGCUCUGGAUGAGAUAAAACUUUUGAAGGACGUACGCGAUACAGAUCCCAAUGAUCCAAAACGUAAUAAAACAGUACAGCUGUUGAACGAUUUUAAGAUCACUGGUAUAAAUGGUCUUCAUGUGUGCAUGGUGUUCGAAGUUCUUGGACAUAAUCUUCUCAAGCUUAUAAUCAAAUCAAAUUAUCGGGGUAUACCAAGGAAUAACGUUAAACGAAUAAUCAGACAGGUCCUCGAGGGUCUCGACUAUCUGCACAACAAAUGCAAAAUAAUUCAUACGGACAUAAAACCAGAAAAUGUGUUGAUAUGCGUCGACGAAACUUACAUAAGAAAUUUAGCCUUCAUCGCGACCGAGUUGCACUCAUUGGGUCUGAAGCUUCCAGUUUCUUUGAUCUCAACUGCACCCAAGGAAUUUCAGGAACCAGUUCCAAAUGCAAAAAUGUCAAAAAACAAAAAGAAGCGUUUGAAGAAGAAGGCUAAACGACAGAACGAGUUAUUGAAGAAGCAAAUGGAACAAAUUGAAGAGAUCGAAGAACAAUCGAAGACUACAACCAGUACGCGGGAAAACGGUGAUGCUGAAGCAAAUAGUCCGGAUCAAGAUCCGGAGAGUAUUGACGAGAAUUCAGAAAGCAAAGGUUCCCCCGAUAUAUCUGAACCUAAUACCUCACCACCCCAUGUUAACGGAGUCGAUGCACUUGCGAGUGGUGAAAAUGUCGAUAAUCCAUCGCUGGAAGAACCGCCUAAAUCGGAAAACGAUGAACUUGCGGGUGGUGAUAAAAUCUGUGAUGAUACUGCUCGUCCCAUAGAUUCGCAACAGACCGAGGAAAGAAGGACAGAAGGACGUAAUCACAAACCACCUGGACCGAAACAACUGAAGCGUGCUUCGGUUGCACCUCUCGAUCCAGCUCUUGUUGACUGCGAGCUUGAAGUCAAAAUCGCUGAUCUUGGUAACGCAUGUUGGGUACAUAAAAAGUUCACGGAAGACAUCCAAACUCGGCAGUACAGAUCUCUCGAAGUGUUGCUCGGCGCUGGUUAUGACACCUCUGCGGAUAUAUGGUCUACAGCUUGUAUGGCAUUUGAACUUGCAACUGGCGAUUAUUUAUUUGAACCUCACAGUGGAGCGGAUUAUUGCAGGGACGAGGAUCAUUUGGCCCACAUAAUCGAGCUAUUAGGGGCAAUCCCGCGUCGCAUUGCGUUGUAUGGAAGGCACUCGAGAAUGUUUUUCAAUAAAAAGGGUGAACUCAAGCAUAUUACGGGUCUAAAGCCCUGGGGGCUGUACGAGGUGCUUACAGAAAAAUACGACUGGUCGCCAAGUGAAGCUCGCGAGUUUGCUGAGUUCCUAACGCCGAUGCUUGAGUUUAAUCCGAGCGCCCGAGCUACUGCAGCCAAGUGCCUCAAGCAUCCGUGGCUCCAAAUUCAGUGAUCAUUUUUUUUCAUAACGUUUAAACGAUAGAAAACGAAAACCAACAAAACAAAAAAAUAAGAUAUGAAAUUUGUCAGUCGUUUACCACACAUUAAGGAGGAGACAAUUUUACAGAAAACAUACACACACUCGCACACAGAAUCCCACACACCCACCUACAUAUAAAAGCGCUCCUGAAAUGCCCGCCGAUAUAAACCGCGCCUAGCCGAGGGCGACCGAGUGGGAGCGUUGCAGAAUGGAGAAAAAUGAAGAAAAAGAAUGAAUAAUCCGAGAAAAAGAAAAAACGAAUGAUGAACACCUUCGGUACUGCGCAUAUCCAAUAAAUUAUAAAUGUCAGAAUAAAAGCUACGAAGCUUUGUCUCGAUCGAAUUGAAAACAUCAAGCGAAUUAAUAACGCCUUAAGAAUAAAACUAAGACGACAGAAUGGAAUGUAAUUAAAAUCAAAUUAUUACGGUUAAAUGCUUCGUCAAACAUUCCGCAAUUUUAUUAAGGGAUUUGUUCGGAUAUGAAUGAGUGAAGUGACAAGACGAUAUUUUCUCUCACCUGCUCUGCUCCCACGCGCGUCUCGCUCUCGCUCGGCUUUCCGUCAAUGAUGUAUAUUUAUUAUUACUAUUACAUUUUUGUUGAUCCGUACUAUCUUGUCUCUCUAUCUGUACAAUUUUUUUUUCGUUCAGCAAAAACGACUUAAAUUCGAACAUACGAACACAAUUAAUUUUCUAGUACUUCAUUUCUUAGAAAGAAAUAAUAACGCUUCGUUUUUUUCUUUCUAUCCUCAUCAUGCUCACAGGUUUCGCAUAAACAUUCUCAGUUAUAACGAAAGUGGUUGACUACCUGCAUAUACAAUGAAUUCAAACUUUUUUUGCCAAUCGAUUCUUCGGCGAUUCGAAUGGAUUUCUUCAGCCUGAUUAUCAAUACUCAAUAAAUUCCCGUUGACCGGUUACAGUGGUAUAAGUACCGAGAGUUUGCGUAUUAGGAUGAGACUAAAGGAACUGGAUAUAAACGAGACAGAAAGCUAGAAAUGGGGGAAAUGAGUGAAAGCGGUUGGUUGAGGCAACCGUGAAUUGUUCAUUAUCGAGAUGGUCCCCAAAUAUUUGCUGCUUGCAACAAGGACUCGUCUCCGAUUUUUCCUAUUUCUUUUUGUUUUCACUCUCCAUUGUAUCACUGCUAAAUUUUGUCGGCGCGUUGUGCGAGAACAUAAGUAGAGGGGAGAGAAAAAAAUACGAUGUACAACGUAGAUCAUAAGUUUUGUUUUAGGACGUCAGUAAGUUUUUUUUUCCCAAUUGGUGAGUGCUCAUUAUUCUUUCUCUGAGAUCGUCGCAACGGGAGAUUAAAUAAACGGCGGAUUUCGCCCGCCCAUUCUGCGAGCACUUCGAUCUUGUUCGAAUAUUCGAGCUAUUCGCGUCGAUCAUUUUUUCAUCGGCCACCUUGAAGUUGACAAGGAUUCAUAAUCCAAUCGGCAGUUUUGCCACAUUUGUACAGUAUAUACAAUUUAUUUAAAAACAACCAAAAAAAAAACAAAAAAAAACAUACAAAGACCGAAAAAAAGGAAAAAAAUUACAUAAAAAACCAAUACACGGAGGACACCAUAGAAAAUCAUGGCAAUAUUAUUAAAUAAAAGUGUUUAGGAAUCUCCGGUGAAUAUUUCGCUACGAUUAAUAAAAUUGCUAUGAAUUCCCUGUAGUGUUAUCCGGCUAUGACAGAUCGGAUUGGUUGAGAAUAAUAGAUGAAGAAAAAGUGUAUUUCUUGGACGAUUGGGGGGGUUGGGGAGGGGGAGUGUAAAACACCAUUUAAUAUUUCUAUCGUAGGCAAAUCUAACGUACGCGUGACACGGAUGUUAUUGCUUCGGUCGUAAGAACAUCUCGAAAACGUGCAAGCAAUAUUGAUCAUGUGAAUAAUCGAUCUCAAAAAUUUUGAAGAAUAUUAUAAAAUUGUAUUAAAGGAAAAAGAAGAAAAAGAUUUUGAGGAGAGAAAAACAAAAGUUUCGUGAAUCUAAUGAAGACUAUCAGGACGACGACGACGACGACGACGAAGAAAAGGCAAGAAAAACAUAAACGACGAAUUUUAUCGUCUCCUUUCUACAAAUACAUUUUGUACUCGUUGCAGAAUCCGACUCGAAGAAAAAACAUUCGAUUCGUGGUAGGAAGAGAGAACACGAAUGUAUUAUAUCUUCCGAUAACUUAGCGACGAAUCAAUACAGCGACGCAAUAAUUAUUCGAAAGAAGUAGACGAAAAGUGAAUCAACGAGACGAUAUUGCGACAUGCAUUCUUCACUCUCGCUCUCUCUGUUUUUACCAAAAGAUAAGAUCCAACAAAUAUUAAAGAAGAUGACAAAUGCAAUUUCGAAAAUGACGUUAUCGUGCCGGAAGUGACCUUCGAGCACCGGUACACAGAAUACCUACCAGAGGCAUCAAAAACAAAGUAGUACGAAGAAGAAACAAUAAAUGAAAAACGAAAAACAAAAAAAAAACAAAAAAAAUUUAGAGAGUCGUAUAAUCUGCAUGCUUAACUAAUGCCCCAUCGGUAAAUAGCGGUAACGGGAAUGAAAAAAAAAGCGAGGAAAAAAAAUGCAGUAAUAUAAAGGUCACGAACCAACGAUUAAUAUUAUAAUUGCGGGAAGAAAGCGUGCGAAAAAGAACAACAACAAAUUAAUAUUACUUGCGUAGAGACUCCCACGACCCGCGCGAUUUUUAGCAACUUUACCCAGACGCAAGUGAUAGACAUACGCAUGAAAAAAAAAAAAAAAAUAUAUAUGUAAAAACAAAACACUUGUCAAAAAUAUUAAGACAAAAAAGACCAGCUUGUUGUCGUUUUCCUUUCAUUUUCGUUUAUCAUUUAUUCUUGCUGUUUAUCCUUUUCUCGUUGUUCUCUCUGAAUUUCAGUACGUUACAACAGGAGUUGAAAAAACGCGAUGAUGUAUAAUGUAUUCGCGAUAACGAUACCUUUGUACCGCUAAAUAAGUUUAACGACAAUAUAUAUUUAUGAUCGCGCGCGAAAAAUGAAAUAAUGGAGAAGCCGGAAUGAAAUGAUGGUUGUUAAUAAUUUAUUAUUAUGCGUAUACGUAGCGAGAGUCCUGAAAAAAACACAAAACGUACUUCCAACUUGUGUUUCAUUCGUAUAUACAUUUUUAUUUUCUGCGUAAAGCGUAAAAAGUCUGGAUAUAAAUUGAAAAUGUAUUCAUAGCAAAACUUCGUAACAAGGUGCCCUUGCCAAUGGAAAAAUAAAAACCAUAUGUGGAAACAAAAAUAUACCGAGAAGUGUUCACAAGACUUUUCGCAGCCAAAAGAAACUUUUUUGGAAAAAUAUGCAAACUCGUUUAUCAUGAAGAAUACGCACAUUUCUUUCUGUUACAGCGAUGAACAUAUUUUUGAAAAAAAAAAAAACAAAAAAUCACGAUAAACACAGGACAGUUUGAUUUAGAAAAUGCAUGUACUAGUUAUUUGAUGUGCGACUACAAACAUGGGCGAGCGUGAUGACAACGUAAGAAAAUAAAAGUUAAAUAAAUGCGUAAUCGAAUUUAGUUGGUUAAUCUCACCGACAGUAAAACAAGAAAUACAGAUGAAUGAAUAAAUGGAUUUGAUGUUGA